CUUUUAUCACAUUAUCGUUAUUGUAUACUGCGCUUGGUAAAUUAACUGAAAUUAUCGAAGAAGGAAUUGGUGGAAUCUACACUUCUGUUUACGCUAAUUUAGCUACAAAUAUUCCUGAAAUAAUUAUCAGAAUCGUUAGUAUAAAAAAUGGACAUAUCGAAAUCGCAAUAUUAUCUAUGGUUGGAUCUGUAUUAUCUAACUUAUCAUUCGUUUACGGAUUUACUAUCUUGAUAUCUGGUUUUAAAUACAAACAACAACAUUUUAACGCAAAAAAUGCAGAACUCACUACCAUACCCGUUUUAUUCGCUACAUUAUUAUUUGCAUUGUUGAUAUUAUUCAAUCUUCAACAUUACAAUACAAUCAUCGAAGGAGAAAAAAUAUUAUUUUUAUCCAGAUGUUUCGCUAUAAUCUUUAUUAUAUAUUAUGGAUUAUUCACUCUUUAUAUAUUAGUUGAUUUAUUCUCAUUUAUCACACCUUCUCUCGGAGUUAGUUUUACCGGAUUUAUAUUAGUUCCAUGUAUAGGAAAUUUACCUAAACACGCAAUCGCUGUUCUUUUUGGUUAUAAAGACAAAAUGGAUAUCGUUAUUGAUAAUACUGGAGGAUCCGCAAUUCAAAUUAUCUAUUUUGUUUUACCAAUAAUCGUAAUUAGUGGAUGGAUCAUGAAUUUAUCUGUUACUAUGUAUUUCUCACCCUUUAUUACAAUUAGCACAUUCGUUUGUUCAUUCGUAUUUAAAUUGUUUGUCGUGGAUG